AUGGUGUCUAUUAAAAUGGAUGAUGAUCUUCCCGGUUUUUCUGACCCGAAUAAAUCCAACAAACCAGACUCUGUUGAUCAAGAUGCGGUUAAAAAGAAAGGUAGUAAGAAAGGAGGCUUUCAGUCGAUGCAUUUGAAUUACAACGUUUUGAAAGGGAUACUAAAAAGGGGGUACAAACAGCCUACGCCCAUUCAAAGAAAAACAAUUCCUUUGAUAAUGGAUGGCAAGGACGUUGUGGCAAUGGCACGAACAGGUAGCGGCAAAACGGCCGCUUUUCUGAUUCCUUUAUUCGAGAAACUGAAAACACGAACAGCAAAAACCGGAGCCAGAGCAAUCGUAUUUUCGCCCACGAGAGAGUUGGCUUUGCAAACGUUGAAAUUUAUCAAAGAAAUAGGUCGUUUCGUUGGCUUGAAAGCCGCCGUUAUUCUCGGCGGUGACUCCAUGGAAGACCAAUUUUCAGCCAUACACGGCAGUCCCGACAUCAUCGUAGCGACGCCCGGUAGAUUUUUGCACAUUUGCGUGGAAAUGGAACUGAAAUUAAGCAGCGUCGAGUAUGUAGUAUUCGAUGAAGCCGAUAGACUGUUCGAAAUGGGCUUAGGAGACCAGCUAACAGAAAUUAUCAACAGACUUCCCGAUACGAGACAGACCGUCUUAUUCUCCGCCACUCUUCCUAAAGUCCUAGUAGAAUUCGCCAAAGCUGGCCUAAGCGAUCCGAUACUAAUAAGAUUAGAUGUGGAAUCCAAGUUACCCGAAGAACUAGUGUGUUGGUACUUCAGCAUCAGAGCCGAAGAAAAAUUAGCCGCUCUAUUAGUGCUACUUAAAUCGCACAUCGAUUUGAAACAACAAACCAUUAUAUUCGCUGCCACGAAACACCACGUCGAAUAUUUACACAUGGUGCUCGAUAAAGUGGGCAUCAGCAAUACUUACAUCUACUCGGAUCUGGAUCCUUCCGCUCGAAAAAUAAACGCAGCCAAAUUCAGCCUGGGUAAAGUGAAAGUGUUGAUAGUAACAGACGUCGCCGCUAGAGGUAUAGACAUACCUCAACUUGAUAAUGUCAUUAACUACAAUUUCCCAGCGAAAUCGAAACUAUUCGUUCACAGAGUAGGCCGUUGUGCUAGAGCCGGAAGAAGCGGCGUAGCUUAUUCGCUGGUAGCGCCCGACGAGUACGCUUAUUUACUGGAUUUGCACCUAUUUUUGGGGCGCCCCCUUACGAUAGCGACGUCUGCUAAUAAAAACGGGGCCGUGGGGAGGAUUCCGCAGACGCUUCUCGAAGAACAGCACAGCUCGAUUUUGACGUUGCACGAGAACAGUACGGAUUUGGUGGCUGCGAGGACUGUUUCUACGAACGCGUACCAACAAUAUGCUCGAUCGAGGCCCAAUGCUUCGUCCGAUAGCUGCAGGAGAAUCAAGGAUUUGCCUUUGACUAGUUGCUGGAUACAUUCGAUCUUUCAGCAUUUGGGAGAAAACGUCGAAGAGGAACGGGAGAAUCUGCUGGAUAAAAUGAAGAGUUACAGACCGAACGGGACGAUAUUUGAAAUUUGUGGUAAGAAUAAAUCCGAGGAGUAUCAAAUAAUGAAGAAGAAGCGAGCGGUGCAUAAAGAGAAGAUAAAUACGCAUCACCAGAAUUUGGAGCAGAAAAAGGAAGACUUGCAAAUCAGUAACAAGAACGAUGAAAACACGUUAGAAACUAGCAAUAAUGAUGAUAUAAUAGAAGCCUUUUCUAAAGUCGUGUUACCUAAAAAAAGAAAAUUAGACGUCCUGUACAAGAAGAAUAAGAAACAGAAGCUCGAAAAAGAUGAAAAUUAUAUUCCGUACGUUCCUGUAGACCAACACACUGAACAAGGAUUAGCCAUUAAUAACUUCCAAAAAGAAGCACUUAGCGCCCAAAUGGAUAUAAUCGGCGACUCUGAAGAUACUCUAAAGAUGAGCAAACAAUUAAAAGUAUGGGAUAGGAAGAAAAAGAAAAUGGUUGCUGUCGCUAAUCCAAAAGCAGGGAAAAUUAAAACGGAAUCUGGCGUGUGGAUAUCGGCAAGCUUCAAAAGUAACAGGUAUCAACAAUGGAAAGAUAAAACGAAAGCAGAUGAAGAAAAUAACGAUGAUGAUGAUGAUGAGGAACCAGCUCAAAAAGCUCCUGUUAGAAAAUUGUACACGCAUUGGGCCAAGCAUAAUGAAAAAGUUAAAAUGAAGCAAAGGAAAUCUGAAUUGAAAUCCACCGAUCAAAUUGUAAAAGCCAGGAUGCUGGCGGAUAAAAAGAAACAGGGACAGAGAAAAGGGAAAGGAAAGAAGGGUAAAAAGGGAAGAAAAUGA